CCAGUAGUAGUUUCAAGUAAGAAAAAUAGUUUAUAACGAACUUAUUGCAAUUAAUAGAUUUAUAGUGGGCCAUACACAUUAAAUAAAUAUAUAAUGAGUCAGAAGAACACAAGAAAUAAUUCUCAAAGUGGAAUUAUGGACGAAAAUGCAAUAGAACAACUCGUCUCAAAGGUAUGUCAGAAAAUUAUGUCUAGAUUAGAAAAAAAAAUUGAUAAGAACUUUAGUAAAAUGAAUCAAAAUGUUGAUAAUUUAUCAGAAAAAAUAAAAGAAAUAAUGGAACCAAUAAAAACCAACGAAAAGGACAUGUACAUACUAAAUAAUAAGCUGGAUGAUUUGGAAACAUACCAAAGAAGCAAAAUGCUAAGAUUUGAUGGUUUGAAAGAGGGUUACAACGAAAAUUUAGUCUCUAUAGCUACUGAUUUGAUAAGCAACACUAUGAAAAUCAAAUGCAGCAAUUUGGAUAUAUCUAAUAUCUAUAGACUAGGGAAAAAGAUAAAGAUAAAUCUAGAACCAUUAUUAUUGAUUUUGUAACCUAUUUAAAAAAGUAUGAAAUUCUAAAAGCCAAGGGGACUCUAAAAAAUACUGGAAUGUUUCUUAACGAAAUCUAACAAACAGAGUUUCCUAUGAAGGCAAAAAAUAAAUAUGGUAAAAAGGAGGUAUGGAGCUGGAAUGGUAACAUAUUUGCCAAGAAAAAUGAUAAUAUUAACAAAAUCAGUUUAGAGGUCGACAUUUAACAAUCAAUAAUAUCCCGUGUGUGGUCGUCAUUAGGUCGCACUAGCAGAAUCGAAUUUUAAUGGCCUUUGGAUUUUUUGCUUUUGUUUCUUCGCGAUAAAAAGACUAAUAUCUACACAAAGAUUGCCUAUUAACGUUUAAUUUAUUUUUCAUUUUGUGUACAUGAUAUUAAAAUUUAUAUCAAUCUGGGAUGGGACAAAAUAUCUUAAAGGUUAUAAAUAUAUUUUAAAUAUUCUCCAAAUCGUAUUUAUUUUUAUUAGUAACAUGGGAAAUCAUCUUAGCAUUAAAUAUAGCAUUUAAAGUUACAUUUAAUUUUUUAAUCUUAUUUUAAAACACUAUUUAUAUGUGUUAACUAAUACUAUUCUUGUAUCUUAU